GUGACACGUGUAUAUACUUUUUCAUCAUCACCUAGCUCACUCUUCCGUCUAUUUCUUUGCCGCUCACUCUCUUCGUUAAUCUCUGUCCUCCGCGGUGCUCAUUUUUUGGAUUGAAGUUCGUUUCUCAGGAAAGGGCGUGUGUGAGCAAUGAACAGUCUAAAGUUAUUUGCAAGAAGAACAUCAGCCGCUUUUUACAACCCAACCUCGAGUUUUAGUCCGCAUUAUCGAUCGUUGUCUUCGUCCGUUUCAGCUCACCCCAAUAAUAAUAAUAAUAAGCUGUUUGUUGCUGGGUUGUCUUGGUCUGUUGAUGAGAGGUCUUUGUUGGAUGCUUUCUCCAAUUUUGGUGAGGUGACAGAAGUGAGGAUAAUGUAUGAUAAAGUCACAGGAAGGUCUAGAGGGUUUGGAUUUGUUUACUUUGCUAAGGAUGAUUUUGCGGCAUCUGCAAAAGAUGCUAUGGAUGGUAAGGAGUUUUUAGGUCGUCCAAUGAGGAUAAGCUUUGCUCUUGAUAGGGUUCGAGGAGAUCCAACGGUGGUACCUCGCAUUCGGGACUCUGAAGCUGCUAUCAGAUACAAGAACUAAAUCAGUGACUGUUAAAGGAAGUUUCAAGAUCAAAUAGAUUAAUAUGAGAUCAGAAUUUUGUUACUAUCAAAGUGUUUUAGGUUUUUCUUCAUUGUUUUCUUUGAGAAUAGUAUAAAUAUGGAUACAAGCUUCCCAUACUUGAAACAGUUUAUGGAUCUGUGUUGUGGUUUUGAUCGUUUUUGAAGUCUUGAUGUCCGAUAAAAGACUGGUUUGGGAGUUCCUAUAACUUUUUUUGGCAACCUUAUCUAUUCUCUACUGAAACCCUUUUCUCUAAUUGGCAGUGUAUAUAAUACAUAUUAUUUUGCUUGAAUA